UAUCUAUGCAACACCUUUGCAGGAGUUUUGGCAUCUCUUUACAUUCAAAGAGCUCAAAAUGGACUCAGCAAGCUUUGUGGAUUGCUUCAGGUCCUGUGGACAGAGCACAAGGCUGCACGCAUUUCCCUGCUUUACCCAGAGGCUGUGGAUGUAGUUUCAUGAUCACUCUAACCCGUUGAAACCAUCGGUGUCCAACACCCAGGCUGUUCCUUUCUGCAGAACGAGCUGAUCAUUUUGCCAUCCAAACUCUGUUGCUACCGUUGUCAGGCAGCAGCCUGUCCUUAUGUGGGAUUAAGUGAUGCUGGAACCACACCUGUAACCUUUGAAAGAGGAUCUUAGGAGGAUGCCUAACAGCAGUGUAACCCAGCAGAACCAUUCCUCCAACGAGACACUGCUGGACACCUCAGAGAGGCUCCGCACCAUUCUUAUAGCCCUGUACAUCAUUGACCUGGCUGGUGGCACCCUCGGGGUCAUCAUGAUGUCCCACCAGUUGUUUCAAAGGAGACCACAAUCUGUGAUGACCGUUAUCAUCAUCAGCCUCCUGGUGCUGCACACCUUUAUGCUACUCAGCAUCCCCUUCCGCCUCAGCUAUUACAUUUUACAGGAAUGGAAAUUCGGGAGGUUCGCCUGCAAGCUAGCAAGCGCCAUCAUCUACCUCCACAUGUACACCACCUUCAUGUUUUACGUGGCUAUCAUCAUAAUACGCCUCUUCCGACUCGAGUUUAGGAAGUGCUACACUACAACUGGGGUGGCUGCUGUCUGGCUGGUGGGAGCGUUGGUGGUCACUCCCGUUCUUUUCUCGUACUAUGGCACCUCUAGGACAUACCUCUCCUCAGAAUGCUUUCAGUUCCACAAGGAGAUACAAGAGGUGCCCAUGGUGAUCAUAAACUACUGCUUGGUUGGGAUUUUGGUGGCAGUUUGUGCUGUGCUCACUGUAAUCCAGUUGUCUGUGAUCUUUAGACUGGCUGUGAAAUACUGGCCUGACAUCAACUCCCAUGUGGAAUUCAGGGCUCAGGCAAAGAGUUUCUUCUUCAUCUUGGUAACAUUAGUGUGCUUUAUGCCUCAUCAUGUAUUCAGAGUAUAUUACAUCCAAAACUGCCACUUGGAUAAGGACCAUAAACUACUCCCAUACAAUGAAAUUUUUUUAGCUUUAACAGCAAUGUGCUGCUUGGAUAUGUUGUGCUUCAUAGCAGGAAUAGCCCACUGAACUGUGAACUACCAGGAAAUCCAGCUGCAGUGUGUCAAUCCCGGCUUUUGGCAGA